AUGGCGCGGCCACCAGCGCUGAGGAUCGGCCGGAAGGCGCAUAGUGCCUACCUACGCCAGCUACUGGUCUGUCUACUGCUGAGUGCGGUUUUGGUCUCUGGAAGUCGCGGAACCUCCAGACGAUCGAGAAAACAUAGUCACCUGUCGGUAGCACCGCCACGAUGGCAAUCCCGGGCACUGCUGGAAGGGAUUCCUAGUGCGGCCAACGAUUUGCAGGUGUCCAACGUGAAGCCUGCUCCUUUCUCCAAACCUGGCGGCGCAGGGCACACCGGCGGUGGGUCCUUGAAGCGGUCCUACUAUGUGCCCACGGUUACGAAUCUGGAGAACAAACUGCAUCACUUCAUCAACAACCUCAAGACCGGGAUCGGUUCCUCCAAGUUGGCGCACGCCGUCAAUGGGGUGACCUCUUCGUUGCAGCAUUCGCUAUCGGCGCCGGGUGCCGUGUCCAACCUGCUGAAUGGGGCAGCGUCCCGGCCAUCGGGACUCCACAGUGCGCCCGGCCACUAUGGGACGGCCAACGAGCUCCGUUACGGCCAGCCGUUCGUCAGCAAGCAGGUGGUGGGUCACUACAAAACCGGCCCGGAGUCGAGCGGUCACAAGGGCCACGGAAAGCGUGGACGACACUCAUCGUCGGCCGCUUCACCGGCCAAAUACGACUCGCUGAUGUCGGACCUGGGCAUCUCGGGGUACAAACACUUCGAGAACGCCGUCAUCCGGGACCUAGAGCGACGCGAGGAGCUGAAGGUCGAGGCCACCAUCCACACGCUGUUCCCGGACGACGACGGCGACUGGCAACCGAUCUCGCCGAACCGGAACCCGAAGGGCGUCCUCGAUGCGGCCAGCCAACACUCGGAACCGCAAGUGGUAACCGUAUCGCCGGACAAGCGUCGUCCUCAGCACCACAGCACCAGUGUGAAGCCGCCAGCGAAAUCGAAACCAUCAACCGGCGGGACAUUGAAGUCUACCGUGUCCACAGCUCCGCCCGGACAGAAACACCGCCCCAAGGUGCGCGCACCGAAAGAGCGCACCAAGUGCUGGAACUGCGUCUCGUCCACUUCGUCUACCACCAGCGGGACGACGAAACAGUCGUCGCAUCAUCACCACCACCAGCACCACAGUAGCCCACCACCCAAGGUACCGCUGGGGCCAAGAAACGAGUCCACCCAUCCGCGGUACGGACCAACGUACGAUGCCACCAUGUUCUACGGGGCCGACGGUAAGCAACCGGCGGGGAUCGUUUCCGGCGCUCUCGCUCAGUCGUACAGCAACGUCGAGGUACACUACAAUCGCACCCUGGCGCCCCCGUUUGCGGCCAGCCCCUGGACUCAGCCGCUCGGGCCCUCGGGACUGCUCCAGGAGCUCAGCACCCAGCCGGCGCCACCCGUCACGACGUUUGCCGGACUACCGUCGGACAUCGGAACGAGCGUGCCGCACGUGGGGCCAAGUUUCGCGAAGAAAAGCUUCUCGAAGCUCGUCCCAAAGUUGGGCCACGGUGCAGACGGUACGACCGGAACCACCUCGACCACCACUCACAAGCCGACUGGUGCCUCGCCAGGAGGAACGAAAGGUACGACGUCGACGACGAAGAAACAAAAAGCGUCCCACAAGCACACGGAACCGACCGGUUCCGGUCACCGAAGGUUCCCUCCGGCCACCUCAGGGAAGGGUUCCACCGGUGGCGACAGUUUCGGUUCCGGCUCGGUCAAGCACGAGCAGCGCGCGAAGAAGAAGUUUGACCCCAAGUACAGCCGGAACCGGGGUUCGAUCAAGUUCAAGGACGCACUAAAGCAGAACCCGGACCAGAUCUAUCGGUGA